CACGCAAACCUAUACGCUUUCUCUUUACCGCCCCUCUCUCUCUCCCACAGUGCUUUUUCAUCUGCUUUCAGCGAUGAACGCUUUUAUUUGUGUUCCCCCGAGGGAGAGAAAUGUUGGAGCUCGUGGAGAAUGUUGAAGAGAAAGAGUAAAGAAAAGGUCUUUUGGCGGUUUCCCUAUGGGCGGCAAGAACCCUAGCAAAACCCUCUCCCUCGUCUUCCUCACGUUGUUCGCCAUCGAAGCCUGCGCGCAAGUUCCGCACUCCGAGGCGCCGGUGGCUUCUCCCCUUUCCAAGGCGCCCCCCAAAUUCGCCCACAAUGCCCGCCUUCGCCGGAUGAUCCUCGGUGCCCUCUUCGGCUCCCUCACCGGCUUCGUCGCCUCCCUUCUCUUCCUCCUCUCCGUCCGCCUCCUCCUCCUCUGCGCCUGCCGUCCUCCCAUUCUCAAAGGCCCCGUCGUCUUCUCCCCUGCUAUCUCCCCCAAAGCACUCCAAUCCGCUCUAUCCGGCGACGCCCAGUCGAUUCCCAACGGGAAGUACUACCGAGUCGUCCUCGAAGACUCCGGGCUCACCGUAGCGGCCAAGAGGCUCCUGCUGGGCGCCACCGACGCCGGGCCACCGGCGAACUCCGACUCCCACAAGCGCAGAGUGCAGCACGAGCUCGAACUGCUCGCGAGGGUGAAGCACCGGAACGUGAUGAGCUUGAGGGCGUAUAUCCGAGAGCAGGAGCACGUGUGGCUGGUCUACGACUACCUCGCCGGAGGAAGCCUGGAGGAGACAAUGGUAAAUGUGCGCGCGGAUCAGCUGAAACUCGCUUGGGACGUCAGGCAUCGAAUCGCCGUCGGCAUAGCCAAGGGCCUAAGGUACCUCCACUUCGAGUGUGGCCGGAGAAUUCUGCACUACAGCUUGAAGCCGUCGAAUGUGAUGCUUGAGGAAGGGUGUGAGCCAAGACUAGCAGACUUUGGACUGGCAAUGCUCGCAAACUAUCGCAUGGACGCACCGAGCACUGCUUACUACGCUGCCCCUGAGUGUUUCCAAAGUUGCAGGUACACAGAGAAGAGUGACAUAUAUAGCUUUGGGAUGAUCCUGGGCGUGCUUCUCACCGGAAAAGAUCCAUCCCACCCGUUCUUCGCGGGAGAAACAGGGAGAGGCAGCUUGGGAAGGUGGAUCAGGCAUCUGCAGCAAGUAGGAGAGGCGCGACAGGCCUUGGACGUGGCUAUGCUAGGUGAAGAGCUUGAGGAAGAAGAGAUGCUGAUGGCCAUCAGAAUUGCUAUUGUCUGCAUGUCUGAUUUGCCGGCCGACCGGCCAUCCAGCGAUGAGCUGGUGUCAAUGCUUACUCAACUACAUAGCUUCUGAGGCCACCCAUCUACAUAGCCAUGGAUGAUGGUGGUGAUUUAGUUUGUGAUAUAUUCUGAUUGCAUUGUUGUCUUGGUGCUUGGCAUCCAUGAAAGUUGGCCAUGCCUCAGCCAGAGCUUCUGAAUCCUUGGUAGGGAUGUAGAAUGCAAGAAUUCUCUUUGUAUGAGUAUUAAUGUGAUUGGCCUUUUGCUCAA